GUUGCGAAACUGCUUAGCAAUGGCCAAGGCGGAGAUGAUCAGUCUCUCCCCAAAUACUUACAUUUUAUACUAAAUCUCGGAUUACCACGAUGGAUAUCAAGUUAUUCUUGAUAUUUGUGGUAAUACUGAGCGCCAUGCACCAAGGUCCUGCUGCAUAUCGGGACCUUACGUGCGUUGAGCCCGAACCAGGAUAUGCCAAAAGAUUAUUUUAUUAUCUUGCCGCAAGAGAAGUUGAGAGAGCAUGCCCAGCGCGAGCCGAUCUUAUAUGGCGAAUUGGGAGCGAGGUAUUCUGUAACCUCCUGUGCGUCCUUAUAACCUUACUCCUGGGUUAUGCGCCGUCGAUCAGAAACAGUGCCAGAGAGAGAUGGAGUUCCAUGGUUUCCAUGAUCAAGGAAUGGAGAGCCCGUCCUUCCAAAUGUCGCCACUGUGGGACGGUCCCCUGUCAGGCGAAAAGAAGAUUGUUAUGGAUGCCUUCCAGAUCCCGUAAGAGGAACAAGGCCAACCUCCAUGAGCGAUCAAAGGCCAUGUUGUUGUUUAGCUAUGGCCUGGAGUUGUCCGUACAGUUGACAAAAGAACUGCCCCAGGAUGGCCUUUACUGGAAAAGAAAAUUCUGCAAUCCAUUUGAGGAGAAAGACAUGGCUCUAUUCCCACUGUGUAUCCAGCGGCAAAUCAACGUCUGGUUUCCUCUCCCUCGCUAGAUUCAUUGUGUAAGAGAAGAUUGCCGAUGCUGGAAAAGAGGUUAUUGGAGUGACGUCAUCGAUUGUUGUGAUACCGGCGGGUUGAUCACAACCUCGAUUUGAAGUACCUUGGAUUAUUAUGUUGUUUUCAAGAUCAAUUCCGAUAGAAUCGAUCUUGGUCCGAGAUUAUACUUUCGUGUUUGCUGUGAUCUCUGGACCAUUGGUGGUCUUACGAAGAAAUUUACCAAAAUCUUGUUAUAUUGAUUAAUGAAUGUAUAAUUUUACUCUGUCUAUUUUACAAUAAAAUACAUUCGUUUGUAUAAAU